GAAAGUCAGCACAUUGUGACGUGUGACAUACAUAUAUAUAAGAGGGGAGACUGCUGCUGACAACUGACACCCACAGAGAUGUAUGUGAAAACUAUCUGUCUCUUACUCUUCUCCGCCAUGAUCCCAGUUUCCGCGGAUCAUGUUACUGGUGUCCUGGGGGGCCAUGUAGUUCUGCCGUGCACCAUGUCUAAGGAUUUGUUGGAAGCAGGACGUCGGUCUUCAUACCCCUCCAGCUUUGUGUUGUGGCAGCGAAGAGAUAGGAUUCCACAGACGGUGCACAAGCUGCUCCCGAGUGGGGUCACUUACACCUCUCGCCGAGCCAGGGAUCGUGUCUUGGUCCCACCCUCUUUGACCAAUCAAGGAAUUUUUUCAUUGCACCUAAACGGUUUGAUGGAGCAAGACGCCGGAAUGUACCGUGCGGUGGCCAGAUACGGCGGCAGCAAGCAGAAAUGUCUAGCAACCCUGAGAACCAUAAAACUGAUACAGUUUCCCCUUGGUCCUCUUCCUGAGAACAGCUCCUUCAACCUGACGUGCAGAAUUGUUGACCCGGAUUCUUCUUCUACCUCUGUUCGUUGGAUAUAUAAUGGAAUCCUUGUACAGCCGUCCAGCAGAAUAUCAGUGAGUGGGAGUAGACUGUAUAUUCACAGGCUUACUCUAGAGGACCAUGGCAAGUGGAGCUGUGAGGUGGACGGUGCAAGAUCCAGUGUGACCCUUUUGGUGGUUGGUGUCUCUGGUCUGGACCCUCUCUCUGUCUACACCGCCAUUGGCUCUUCUGUUGAGCUCCCCUGUAACAUCACCCAUUUGCCUGUGGAAAGACGAUUACCUUUCCAUUGGAGCAAAGAUAAGAAAAGCAUAAAUGACAACAAUCAAGUGGUUGUCCUUAAUCACGUGAGACCAGAAGAUGCUGGAACUUAUCAAUGUGACACCACCUACAAAGGCCAAAGACUGACCCGACUGAUGGAACUGAGGGUGAUACAAGUGUCACCCUCUGGCCCUGUGUUCACCAAAGAAGGUUCCCAACUAUGGCUGCAGUGUAACAUCAGUAUUUCAACGGGGAAAGAGAGGUUUCAAUGGAUAGGCCCAUCUCUUCCAGAUGGACAAAGGAAAGUCAUUCAAGGAACAGUAGUGGACCUGCCGGACGUGCAUACUGAGGACUCCGGGGCCUGGACCUGUUCAGUGUAUGGAAUGAAUGGAAUUCUAGGAGAGCUGGAACAUUGGGUCUAUGUCCAUGCUGCCCAGACCGCAGGUGUUGGUUCAUUCACCUCUUGGCAUGUCCUCCUCCUCCUCAUGAUCAUACUGGUUUUCUGCCUGGCAGUCAUCGCUUUUAUUUCUUUCCGUAACCACAAGAGGCGACUGUCUCACCUGACAGCUCUGACGUCUAUAGGAGCGUCUUCCACCUCUCAGCCAAAGAAGCCGUCCGUCUCGGAAUAAUGCCGACCUUGAUCCGUGAUCCGGACUCUUAUCACUUCUCGCCUCCAUUCAUCUUGCUUACACUUAUGUAGGGUUCCCCCCUCUACAUCCAGUGGGAGACGUGGGCUGAUAUUGUAUUCCUGUGAUAUUUUGCACAUAAAAUAUUCAGCAUUUAUUGUUGUAAUUUAUUUUUAUUAUUUGGCUCCUAUGUGCCUACGAUGUCGUUUGAAAUAAAAAUUCCACUAAAAUUAAAUAAAGUAUAUCCAUCACAAGG